AAAGAAGAAAUUCAAUUAAAAAAUAAAAUAAGCAGUCAGAGUCUCAGAGAUUGGGCUGAUCCUAUCCAGCCUCUUCAGACACCGAACAGCUACGAAGUUUCUAGAAGCUACCGGACACUUCACGUAAACAUUCAGUUCUGCUUGCUCCUCUCCAUUAGUUCUCAUCGGCGUCCGAUCUCCGAUCACCGUACAAAUCACUUCACAACUAUAGAUUCGUAUUAACGAGUAAUUAGAACUCAAAAAAAAUGGUGGAAUUUUCAAUGGCAAAUGCGGAAGCAUUUAUAGAUGAAGAUGAUGAACUUGAAGAAGAGCCAGGUGAAGAGAUAGAAUCAGCACCGCCGCUGAAUGUUGGUGAAGAGAGGGAAAUUAGCUCAAAUGGACUUAAGAAGAAGCUUAUUAAACGUGGACAUGGUUGGGAGACUCCUGAAUUUGGUGAUGAAGUUACUGUUCACUAUGUUGGUAUCCUACUUGAUGGAACCAAAUCUGUUUCCACCAGGGACAAAGGUGAACCCGUUACAUUCAAGCUUGGCCAAGAGAAAGUUGCUGCUGGCUUAGAUUGCGGAAUUGUCACGAUGAGGAAAGGUGAAACAGCACUGUUCACUCUGCCUUUGGAAACUGGUUCUGGAUCGACAGAAUCGGAUUCUUCAUUAAAUAUGGUUGUUCAGUUUGAGGUCGAACUUGUGUCAUGGAUCACAAUGGUGGAUGUCUGCAAGGAUGGUGGUAUUAUUAAGAAAAUAAUGGAGAAGGGGGAGCUGAUAGGACCUCCUGGUGACUUGGAUGAAGUUCUAGUAAGGUAUGUGGCGAGGCUGCUUGAUGGUGUCACUGUUGCAGAAACACCUGAACAUGGAGUAGAGUUUUAUGUCAAAGAUGGUCAUUUUUGUCAAGCCUUACCAAAAGCGAUCAAAACAAUGAAAAAGGGAGAGAAAGUGAAUUUAAUUGUUCAGCCUCAGUAUGCCUUUGUCGAUGGUGAUAAGGACUGUGCAAAUGGUGUCCCUUCAAUUCCUCCAAGUUCUAUUCUGAGUAUUGAUCUUGAACUAGUUUCUUUCAAACCUGUAAUAAAUUUGACUGGUGAUCUGGGAGUUUUAAAGAAGAUUCUAAAAGAGGGAGAGGGCACUCUUACUGCAAACGAAGGUGCUGCUGUAACUAUUAGAUACACAGCUAAGCUUGAGGACGGCACUUUGUUUGAGAAAAGAGGCUUUGAUGGAGUGGAUGCAUUGAAGUUUAUAACUGAUGAAGAACAAGUCGUUGCUGGACUGGACCAAGCUGUUAUUACAAUGAAGAAGGGUGAACGCGCAAUAGUGACAGUUAAACCUGACUAUGGCUUUGGAAAUACUGAAGUGAAGCGGGAUCUUGCGAUGGUCCCUCCUUGCUCAACCAUAAUUUUCGAAGUUGAGUUGUUGGAGUUCACAAAGGAAAAAGAUCCUGGGGAAAUGAAUAACCAUGAGAGAAUCCAAGUGGCCCAGAGGAAGAAAGAAGAAGGCAACCUGCUCUUCAAAGACGGGAAGUAUCAAAGCGCAGUGAAGAAAUAUGAGAAGGCUAUUGAUUGUAUUAAUGAAGAUGAACCUUUUGAAGAUGAUGAUCAAAAGAUAGUUAAAUCAUUGAAAGUGGCAUGCUGGUUGAAUGGUGCUGCUGCUUGUCUCAAACGGAAUUAUUUCCAGGAAGCAAUCAAGCAGUGUUCCAAGGUCUUAAAAGUUGAGUCCUGCAAUGUGAAAGCAUUAUAUAGGAGAGCACAAGCUUUUAUGGAAACAGCUGACCUGCACUUGGCGGAAAUGGAUAUCAAGAAGGCACUUGAAAUAGAUCCACAAAACAGGGAGGUGAAACUGAUACAGAAGACACUAAAACAGCUCCAAGCAGAGAGCAACAUGAGAGACGCAAAACUCUAUGCAACAAUGUUUGCACGCUUGUCAAAUGAAAACUCUUCGGCAGCAAAGGCUAAUCAGAUCCCGACAUUGUUCCAAUUUGGCAGAGAUUAAAAGUUGAAGAAACUGAGAGCAAGAAUGAAGAAAAUGUUGGUGAAAUCAACAUAGGCUGAUAAUUGAUUGGAAGUUGAAUCUAGCUGAAGAGUUGUUGUACUUGUACACUUUUCUUAAAACUAACAGAAAAGCAUGUAUAGACAAGGUAAUACAGAAAGGUCCUCAAUUUUAUUUUAUCUUAAAAUGUGAAGUGAUACUUUCUGGUUGUA